UCAUCAUGAUUGACCUGCUCCAUCAGGAUUAGGCGGCAUGCACAGUUCAAUGAUUAAACUAUGCCACUACUAAUAGGUUCUAAUCUGUUAUGCAUGCUUUUUUAUUCGUACGUUGCCACACGUCGCCGAGUGUUCAAGUUACUUUUUUGUAGUACCUUUCAAAUGAGCCCAUUCAAAAUCACGACUGCUUAAUUAGAUGGUGGGUAUAUAGAGCAAAAGAACUUAGCUAGGGCAUGCAUUCUAUAGAAGACAGCCACUCUCAGAACUUCCCCUGUGCUUUCUUUCAUCCGUUUUCCUCUUCUCUUCUCAACUUAUCUAACAAAGAGAAGGCUGUAGAGAUGUAAAUGGGGUCCCGCCUAAAUCCCACUUAUAGUUCAUUUGGGCAUUUCUAGUGCAAAUUUUGGGAUUUAGGCGAGAUCCUAGUUGACACCUUAGGAGGCCGACUAUAUAAGAGACCAACCCUCUCAAAAUAACGAGGUUUCUUCUCUACCAUCCCAUCUGCACCAACUCUUUACAUACAACUUACCUCCACACUAUCUUCUCUGUGGUGCAUGCAUUCAUGUUCAACAGAGUUGAGAUCGAAGCAAACACAGCCAUACACUACUAGCAACAUCAAGGAAACACCAUUAGAAGCCUACUACGUGCAUGGACCAUUGGAGUGAAACUGAGGGCAAGAGAGCCCAUGAUCCUAUCUUCCAAACCUAUUUCAGCCAAAACUGCGGCCAUCAUGUUGAAGACUGCUGCAAGGGGAGGAGUGCAGAUGCUGCUGUUACUCCUUUACAGCGAUGUAUCUUGGUUCCAGGUCCAAUUAUCGUGGGUGCAGGACCAUCAGGGCUUGCCGUUGCUGCAUGUCUCAAGGAGAAGGGGGUCGAUAGCCUUAUCUUCGAGCGCUCCAACUGCAUAGCUUCCCUGUGGCAGCUCAAAACAUAUGAUCGUCUGAGCCUUCAUCUUCCACGACAGUUCUGUGAGCUUCCUCUAAUGCCUUUCCCUGCCGAUUACCCUAUUUACCCCUCAAAGAAGGAGUUUGUAGCAUACUUGGAAAAGUAUGCUGCACGGUUCGGCAUCUGCCCUACCUACAACCACACGGUGGUAUGUGCAGAGUACGAUGUGAAGCGUCUGUUAUGGCGGGUGAGGAUGCAAGCUACAGGCAGAACGGGAGAGGAAGUGGAAUAUAUGUCCCGGUGGUUGGUUGUGGCGACUGGGGAGAAUGCUGAGGUUGUGCAGCCAGAGAUUAGUGGCCUAAAAGAGUUCAAGGGAACGGUUAUGCACACCAGUGCAUACAAAACUGGCCGUGUGUUUGCUGGGAAGCGUGUUCUUGUUGUUGGGUGUGGCAACUCUGGCAUGGAGGUCUGCCUAGAUCUUUGCAACAACAAUGCACAUCCCCAUAUUGUAGUAAGAGACACUGUACACAUCUUGCCCAGGGAGAUGCUGGGUCAGUCGACCUUUGGGCUGUCAAUGUGGCUGCUCAAGUGGCUGCCAGUCCACGUGGUGGACCUGUUUCUACUGCUCGUAGCACGGGCCAUGCUUGGGGAUACUGCUCGGCUUGGGCUAAAGCGGCCUACCGUCGGCCCCCUCGAGCUCAAGUCGCUCUCAGGGAAGACCCCAGUUCUUGAUGUUGGCACAUUUGCAAAGAUUAGGUCUGGGGAUAUCAAGGUGCAUCCAGGCAUCAAACGGAUAUCGGGACGACAAGUAGUGUUUUUGGACACGUCGUCCGAGGACUUUGAUGCAAUUGUGCUUGCGACUGGCUACAGGAGCAAUGUCCCCUUCUGGUUAAAGGACCGGGAGUUGUUUUCGGAGAAAGACGGCUUGCCAAGGAAAGCAUUUCCAAACGGGUGGAAGGGCGAGAGGGGACUCUACUCGGCCGGACUCACUCGACGCGGUCUGAUGGGAACAUCUCUUGAUGCGAGGAGGAUUGCUCACGACGUCGAGCAGCAGUUGCGUGCUGAAGGAAAGUAUCCAGGCGUGUUGCUCUAGCUUCUGUCUCCGUGUUUGCCCCAGUGGCAGGGGGGAGGGGUGCCAUCGGUCUCCAAGUUUGUGAAUAUAUGUGUAGUGUAGGUUUGUCGAGAAUGGUACUGUGAAGUGAUCACAAAGGGUUGUAAUGCACGUGCGGCAUGUUGUGUUGCUUGUCUUUUUAGUGUUUGUAUAGGCUGGGUAUUGUAUUUGUUGAUCUUUUUUUUUGGGGUUUUGGUUUUGAUGACUAACCAUGCUAUAUAGGCAGCUCUGUAUCAUCCUCGGAGGGGUAAUAUCGAAGUGCCCAUGUUCACAACAAUCGGGCUCUGUUUGGCCUUUCUGAUCAA